UUUAUAAAGAAAAUUUCUUUACGGCUGUAAAUAAGUCAGAAUCGUCACGAUAGUCGAGUGAUAAAAAUAUAGAAAUAAAAUAUUGACACGAAAACGUCAAAAAUAUUUAGUUAUAACUCCUUAUAAGUUUCCAUCCAAAAAAAACAAGAAAGAAAGAAAAAAAAUUGUGUAAAAAUUAAAACGGAAGUUGAGAGUUAAUUUAUCAUAAUUUGCUUUGUCAGUUUAUUUGUCUCGUGUAUUGCUUAAAAAGAGUUUUAAACUUGAAUAAAGUGAGAGACGACAAUAUUUUGUGAAAAGUUCAAAAGCAUAGGUCAUGAAAGCUUCCACGAAUGAAACGCAGACCGCAACGGAUGAAAAUGAAAAAAGAAAAUCAUCGUGGGCGAAAUUUUGUCUCAACCAUGGCAUCAAUUCAAAUCUUCUCAUGCUCAAAAUGACUCUUUUUGUCAUGCAUGGAGCGACGUCGUCACUUUUACCUUAUCUUACAAUUCAUAUGCAAAGCAUUGGGAUAACGGUGGAAGAAAUUGCAAUAAUUUAUCUCGCAUUGCCGUUCACAACUUUCUUGGCACCACCGAUUACAGGUUUUCUGGUCGACAAAUUCGGAAAGUAUAAGCCUGUUGUGAUACUUACACUUCUUCUUAAUGCUCUGUUUCAUCAUGCACUUUUCAUUAUUCCGCAACAAGAGAUUCCAGGUGUUAUGCCUCAUGCUUAUGUCAUGCGCCACCCAACAACAGGAAAUGUUGAAGUGUGGUGGAGUCCUUGUCCCUCUAGAGAAUGUCCAGAAGAAGAAGAAUUAAACAUUGUUGUAGACUCAUGCAUCGACCAUUGUUUGUUGUUUGAACAAAAUCCUAAAAUUGAGAUAAUUCUUCAACAACCCACAAAAUCACCAUCGAUACGAAAACUUGACGAUUUUGAUGACCUGAACUUUAAAGUAAGCAAGAAGAAGCCAGGUAAUCUGACAAGAGAAAAGAGUUUUGUACUUAUGACUACAACUACUACCAGCAUGGAUGUCACGACAGAUUUUUUAAUUCGUUCAACCUCAGAACCAUCGAUGAAAACAGUUUUAAAAAGUGAAGGAAACUUUUCCGAAACAAAAUCUGAAACGUUAGAUGAAAGUGAAGAAGAAAGUUGGGUUGCUGGUAGUGGUGAAGCAGUUUUAUUUCAUCUCGAUAUGCAUCCGGAUUUAGGGGAUCCAAUUGAACAAUUAGGGAUUGAAAUUGAAGACGACAAUGAAGACAAUGUGACGGAUUUCAUUCAACGGUUUGGAGAAAAGUUGCUUUGGACAAAAGGCGUCAAUGUCACUGAACUUGAUGAAAGCGAUCUUCGUUGUGGAGGUUUAGUAAUGCGUCACAACAUAACAAUAACAGAAGAGAGACUUCGUGAACUUGCUGGCGAUUGCAUGGUUCAAAAAUGUGAAUUUUUACGAGGUGGGCCGGAAAUUUGUCCACCAGAUUACAGAGAAAGUGAUGACAAUACUUUCUGGGUUUAUUUUCUGCUGAGAUUCCUUGGGACGACAAUGUUGUCAGGUGGUGUAACAAUGAUGGACCCAAUAGCAUUGACAAUGAUUGAGAAGUAUGGCGGUGACUUUGGCAGAGAACGUCUCUUCUCAAUGUUUGGCAUGGCAAUAUUUUCACCAAUCACUGGAAUUCUUAUCGACUACUACUCGAGAAAGUUGGGUUACACAGAUUAUUCAGCUGCCUUCUACACUUACGACAUUCUUCUCAUCAUCACUGCUAUCACCGUAUUUCUAAUGCCACUCGGUGACAAAAUGCCAGCUGACAAUGUUUUUAGGGAUUUAUGGAAUUUAUUGAAGAUGCCACAUGUCAUGUGCUUCAUUGUGUUCUUGUUUUUGUUGGGAAAUUUCUGGGGUUUCAUUGAAAGCUUUUUGUUUUUGUAUCUGAAAGAGCUUGGAGCCCCGAAUUAUCUUCUUGGAAUAACGAUAACUGUAGGGACAAUAAGUUCAAUUCCGUUUCUUUAUACAGCUGAGAAGAUUACGAGAAUAUUUGGUCACGUCAAUCUUAUUGUUAUCGCAUUUAUUUCGCAUGCUGGUCGUCUCGUUGGUUACUCGUUCAUUGAGAAUGCAUGGUGGUGUUUCCCCUUUGAAGCGAUGGAAGCACUUUCAUGCCAUCUUAUGUGGGUGGCAGCUGCCACAUAUUGUUCUCUCUUAGCGCCCAAAAAUUUGCUUGCCACAUUGAUUGGUGUUUUGGGGAUGGCACAUUUUUCAUUGGGAAGGGGAAGUGGAUCGUUUAUGGGGGGCUUUCUCAUUGGAGAAGUGGGAACGAGGGACGCUUUCAGAUACAUGGGACUGGUAGCAGUUGCUGGUGGAAUUGCCUACAAAAUUAUUCAUCAUCUGUGGUUGAAGAAGUUUGAUGCGAUUGACGAUGAUGAUGACAAUGAAGUCUGUGGAGAAUCGGAACCUAAAUUUCGUGAUGCUUCAACUUCAAUGUCACAAGAACGUUUGUCACUUAUGGUGUCAAAGUACAAUCAAGUCGGAAGUUUGACAUCCUUGUCAAGAUCAAAGGCGGAUAUCGAUUCUCUCAUUCGUCGAAGAAGUAGUUACUCUAUCAGCACGAAAGGUGGAAGCGCAUCAAAGGUAUUUAUUUUAAUUUCUUUCGUUUUCCUUCACAAUCCUUCUAAUGUGUUAAAAAAGGUUGACUUGAUAAAAUCGGCUUUGGAGAUUAACAAUGGAAAGAUUUCCAAUCCUAUGUUACGAAAGGAUGAGAAAAGUGCUGAACAAUUGUUGAGAUCACAAGCUGAGAUUACCGGACCCAAAUUGUUUAAUCAACUCUCUGGCAGAAAUAUUUCCCAGCCAUGCUUCAUUGAAGUUCUUAACGAGGACAUUGAACCAUCUUUGCUGACAAAGCAGAAGAAGAGACAUCACCAGAGUGGAUUACUUUAUUCUUUGAAGAACACCGGCGACGUUGAAUUAGAUGCUCUGCGUAACUAUCUCAAGGAAACUGAAAGACGUGACUCAAUUCCAGAAGAAGACCAUGAACAACAUCAUCACAAGCCAGAGGAAUUUAUGAAGCCAAUCUUGGAGAGUCGUAGUCAAUCUAAUAUUGUUGAUAAUCAACAAGAUGACAGCUUUAAUGAGAGCCAUCAAGCAGAAGCCGUGGAGACAUUAAGAGAUAAAUAG